CGGAGAAGUUUUCGCUGCGGCUGCUGAGCGUGGGUGCGGGGCCCCGCAGGCAGUGCACGCCCUCUGCCAUGGCUUUCCGAAGGAGGACGAAAAGUUACCCGCUCUUCAGCCAGGAGUUCGUCAUCCACAACCAUGCAGACAUCGGCUUCUGCUUGGUGCUCUGCGUUCUCAUAGGGCUUAUGUUCGAGGUCACAGCCAAGACUGCCUUCCUAUUUAUUUUACCUCAGUAUAACAUUAGUGUGCCUACAGCAGAUAGCGAGACAGUCCACUAUCACUAUGGCCCAAAGGACCUGGUCACCAUCUUGUUCUACGUCUUCAUCACCAUCAUCUUGCAUGCCGUGGUUCAAGAGUACAUCUUAGACAAAAUCAGCAAACGCCUUCAUCUCUCCAAGGUCAAACACAGCAAGUUCAAUGAGUCUGGACAGCUGGUCGUCUUUCAUCUCAGCUCGGUGAUAUGGUGCUUCUACGUGGUGGUGACGGAAGGAUAUUUAACAAACCCAAGAAGCCUCUGGGAGGAUUACCCACAUGUGUACCUCUCCUUUCAGGUGAAGUUUUUCUACUUGUGUCAGCUGGCCUACUGGUUGCACUCACUACCUGAGCUUUACUUCCAGAAGGUCCGGAAGGAAGAAAUCCCCCGCCAGCUGCAGUACAUUUCCCUGUACCUGCUUCACAUUGCUGGGGCAUACCUCUUAAACCUGAGCCGCCUGGGCCUCAUCUUGCUGCUGCUGCAGUACUCCACUGAGUUCCUUUUCCACAUGGCUCGACUCUUCUACUUUGCAGAUGAGAACAACGAGAGGCUGUUUAAUGCCUGGGCUGCUGUGUUUGGGGUCACACGUCUCUUCAUCCUCACUCUCGCUGUGUUGGCCAUCGGCUUUGGAUUGGCUCGGGUGGAAAACCAGGUGUUUGACCCCGAGAAAGGGAACUUCAACACCUUGCCUUGCAGGCUCGGCAUGCUGCUGCUGGUGUGUGUCGCCCAGGCCUGGCUCAUGUGGCGCUUCAUCCACUCCCAGCUGCGACACUGGCGGGAAUACUGGAAGGAGCAGAGUGCCAAGCGCAGGGUUCCCGCUGUCCCCAGGCUUCCAGCCAGGCCCAUCAAGAGAGAACCUGGUUACCAUGAAAAUGGAGUGGUAAAAGCAGAGAAUGGAACCUCCCCACGGACUAAGAAACUCAAGUCUCCCUAAGGCCAAAGUGCUGAGUGCAGGGACCCUUUGGGUGAGGGCCCAGCAGGGAGACGAGGAACCCUGGCCCCCAGCUCAACCUCUCCACCCUGCUGGCCGUGCUCCAUCUUCCUCAGUAGAAACCUUGACAUCAAAGGGGGACUCACUCUCUACCUUCUUGUCUUUCUCUUCUUUCAUAAACCAUUCUCAAUAAAGCCAAAAAUCCUCCUCUCUUGCUCCCUUGAGCCACCUCAUGGCCUCACCUCUGUUCUCUUUUGGGUUUCUCAGAGGCCUACAUUCUCCUAGUCAUCUUCCUGCUCAUCUCUUUCUCUUUCUUCAUGGCUGCUUCUUUUUCUCCUGUCUUCCUGACUUUAAUGUGCAAUUUCUCUGAUUUUUUUUUUUUUUUUUUUUUUUACAAUGGGAGGGAGCUAAGCUUGCAGUCCUGUCCAUCAGUCCCAGGAUCUGUCAACCUGGAAGCCUCCUCUUGCCAAGGAGCUUCUGCUAGAGCUGGCGAUCCUCCGUGGCCCUUGUGUGGACGGGCAGGAGGAGCAAAGGCCCUCCCUCUCAGAUCACAAAAUUCUUGGUGCUGACUGACAAGAUGUAGGAUUCUGGUUCUACAUGUCCAAUCCCAAAGUGUUUCGCUUUGGGACAUGGUGACUUCAUCCAGAAAGACAGUGUUAAUUAACUAUUGAGUCCCAGGACUCCAAAGAAGAGUUUCCAGUGCUGCAUUUGAAUUGGAAACCAGCCUGCCUUCGCUCUAGGGGUGACAGGCUGAGGAGGACAUGCCUUCCCACUUCUACCACAAGAGCAAAGCGCGCCCAACAGCUGCCUCUUCUGGAAAGGUGGCCUGACAAGAAUGACAGAGUCGCUCUGGACCGUUCCCCAGCAGCACCAGCUGCUGUGCUUUCCUUACCACCCACCAGCAUCUAAAACCAAAUGAAACAGCAGUUUUCAACCUGCCCAAGACAUGCUGUUCCCAAGUCCAGAAGCAAGCAGCCCUGCCCAGGGACAGACUUGCAACCUUGACUUCAUCUCUCUACCGCAGAAGCGUGAAGCCUCAAGGACACCAGCCCCUUGCGGUGGUCCACCGGUGUUCCAAGAAAGGUCACCUGCCCCCCUCCCUUCCGCUGGCUUCACCUGAGUGUUCUUUAAAAUUGUUGGUGUCAUUUGCUGAUAUUGUUAAGCAACACAUAGAGCCUGAUACCGGGAUGCCUCAGGGUCACUGCUGGCUGUAUGACCAGACACAGCCAUGUCCAUAGGAGUCUGUGGCCCCUUUCCCUUCAGUAUUCUUUCAGCUCUCUUCUACCUGAAGAUGGUGUCACCAGGUCCUUGUGGUAACUUGUGAGGACUUCCAGAAGGGAUGUAGGCUUCAAAGGGUCCCUGAACUCUGCUGGAGUAUGGGGGAGCAGUUCUUGGUGACACAGGAAUGUUAAUGUUACCUGAUAAUGCUGGUCUUCCUUUCACAUCGUGUACAGACCAGAGCUUGAAUUUUUACCCAUAAACAGUGAGAUGAGUCUUCAUCAAGGCAGCUUCCCCUCUCCACUAACAGUAUAUGUAAAAUCUAACUUACCAGUAGUUGAGGGAUUUGGUUCCAAACAUCAUUGUGGCAUUUCCCCCGCCUCCUCAGGGUCUAGGUUAAGCAUAGAGAAUAGGGAUAAGAACCCCUUGCUGCCUUUUGGCUGAGCUUAGGAAGCAAGAUAGAAUUUUGAAAUUUUGUUUCUCCGUCUCCUUCCCUGGCCUUUCUCUGGGCAGCCUCACAGAAUUGAUCUGGCACCUUUUACCCAGGGCAGCCCACCUAUCCUGGUGAUUUUAAUUAAGCUUAUGCUUUUCGGUGCUGCCUGGAGCUGUGUGGAGGUUCAGCCGGCGGUUACCAAGCUCACUUCACCCCUUUACUCUAGGUGUAGUUCUGGACCCUCCCCAAGCUAUGUUACUGGCAGACCCUUGCCAGCUCUCAUCAGCAGCUUUGUCCCCAGGCUAAGCUAUUGAGUUAUUCCUUCAGUAAUACUUGUGACAAGCACGUGAUAUGUGGAGGUCUUGGAGAAACAGAGGCACAAAGAGCAGCUGACUUCUUAGGAUCCUGUCCCUGUGUGGGUUUUUUUUUUUUUUUUUUUUUUUUUUUUUUUUGUCCCCCCGGUACUCUUAGAUUAGAUGCCUGAGAUGAUGUGGCUUCAUAAGUGUCUUGUAAGCUUCCCUUGUUGCUUGUUUGUUGGAUAUAUUACCAGGAAUCCAGUUUUUGGGAUUUGUUCAGUGGUAGGAGUUCAGAACGUUCAUUUUCAGAGAAAAGGCCUCAGACCAAGGGCAACACCUCACCAGCCUCGACUUCAGGGAAGUUUGGGGACAUAGGAGAAUGAUAAGGUACCUUUUCAUCCAUGCAGCCUCUCUGGCAUUGGUGUUGUAGGAAAGCCAAGACUUUGUUAAGGUGACACAAACCAUCUUGCGGUAAUUCCAGCAACCAAUUUUCACAGCACCCUUUGAGUAUGCAGGCCAGCUUGCUCUAUUUUGGGUAUCGUGGCCUUACACCUUUUUAUGCAGUCUCUCCUGUCCCCAAAGUACCAGAGCCCUAGUGAAGGACCUGCCAGAUUCCUUCAAGUUUUAAGAUACUCGGCAACAUCUAAGACCAGAAGACACUAAUCUCUACCUCAGCAACCACUGCCUGUCUUUCAACAUCCCUGGGAUGCCAUCAGGCAUCAGUGGCAGGGGCAGUGGAUGGAGAACUCCUUGCUACCCAUUCCCCUCCUCAGAGGUUUGGUGAUGGGAUGAUUCUUUUCACAAGCUAUCCAGGCUUGGGUGCCUACACUAUGAAUUAGCUCCUUGGGUUCCGCCUAUGUCCGGAGAUGGUCCUGGGGGAAAGAGAAGCAGAUGAAAGUCAGGAAGGGAGGCUUUCUGCCAUUCUAGUCCUAACGCUGUGUUCUUAAAUGGUUUCAGACCAGCAUCAUCUGACUUGUCCCAAGAGUGCUCUGGCUACUGACACCAUGCUUUUGUGGGAUUCCUGGGACCUUAAGAGUCCCUGAAGGUGGAGGUCUUAGUCCCCUUUGGCUUUUUUUUUUUUUUUUUUUUUUUGAAUGGUUAAAAAAAAUUAGGGACAGAAAGAGUGCAUUUUCCAAAAAGUCUAUGAUACUCACUUAGAUUCCAUGCAUCCUUAGACUUGCUGACUCCUUGCAGCUAGGGAAGGCCUUCGCUUACAUUUGUUUUUAAGGGGCCUCAGCCUUCCCAGUUGGGUUUGCAGGAGUCUGGAGCGGAAGGGGAUACAGGGUCUGGGCAUAGCUAGCACUCUCUGCUUAAGGUCCUCCAUGUCUCCAGGAGACAAUUUUUCAUUCUUCAUCUCUGGCCUCUGCUCUUCACUGGAGUGGAAUGAAGUCAAGGCCUAUGAGUCAGGACAGUGAGCUGGUCCUCCCAUCCCUUGGCCUCCUCAGCUUACAGCUUCUUUUCUCAGAACAAGAUUUUAGGGAGAAUGUCAAUGUCAGACUUUUGAAAACAUCUACAGAAUUCUUCUCCAGCCCAUGGUUAGUUGUUAUCAGCUUCUCCCCCUUCACCCUGCUUCUUAUGCAAGUAUUAAUUCCAUCUUGUGUUCUUCUGAAGCUCCGCAGGCGCAAAGAAAAAUCAUACUGAGCAACCUCUGCAAACUUUCUGUUCUUGUCCCAGUGGGUCCUUGUUUUUCAUGUAAAAAGUGCCUUAUAUUGCCUCGUGGCCUUCACUGGUACUGUAUGGCCAGCCCCCAACCGCCAGGGCUCUAGGGCUGACUGGCAUAUGCAGCCAAUGACAGCAUACCUCAGCACAGCUCCAGGUAAAAGGGACGUGGGUUGACAGUUUCGCCUCAUUUGUUCUGACCCUCCUCUUCCUCACACAUACAGUGUAAGGUCUUGUGUGUUCUCUGCUUUGGCUCUGGUCCCCCUUGUCUGUUGUCUUCUGGCUUGGCUCGUGGCUAUGAAAGUUCAUGGUGUGGGCCAGCUGCAGGUAACCAUGCCUCCUAUCUAAUAAGGGAAGCCCGGGGGUUAGGAAGAAGGUCACCUCUUUGUACUCUGUCUGGCCCUAUGUGGCGAGCCCUGCCCUUCCAGUCUCCCCACUGCCAGCCUAGAUUAGAAAUUGCAGCCUUUCCCAUCCAUUUUACUUCCAUGUAGCCCCAAGUCUGUAUGAGGAAUGUGUUUACUUGUACUCCCUGGUUCCAAGUCUUAGCUCGUUGGUAACCUGCUUGGCAGUGCCUAUGGUUUGGGAGCUGCAAAGCUCCUGGAUUCCUGUCAGGGUUCCUAGCACCAUCCCUCUCCCUGACCCUUGCCUGCCUGCCUGCCUGUUCCCACUCUUCCGGGUUGUGCAAUAACCCCUCCCCCCCAGCCAGUGGUCUUUUCCACAGGCCCUUGUCCCUUACUGCAUCCUGCAAUAUGGGAAGAGAAGGGACCCGUGGGAGGGGUAGUCAUCAUCCCUCACCGAAGUGUCAGUCUCUUUACUUCGUUGUUGUCAGUCUCAUGAUCCUGGGUGGGUUUCUGUGGCAAUCUUAGAGAAUGUGUAGUGUCGUCGUAGAAAUCUUUAUAUUGUUUUUUAAAAUAUAAAAGUUAAAAAAAAUUGUGUUGAAGAGAAGAAAAAAAAAAAUCCUCAGAACGGGACAUUGUCGGUGUGUGGGAAUAAGAUCACUCUGGCGUCCCUGACGUCAGCAUCACUGCUGAAGGCAUUCCAGGGUUUCUUGUUUCUGUGCAAAGGAUGGACAUGUUUCCAGGACUUCAGCACAGUGGUGAGCCCUGUCCGCCGACAGGGCCUGUCUGUCGUGGUGAGUACCGGCAUUCUUUGGGGUACAGAUUCGUGUGAGAUUAAACCUCACUUUUCAGUUACUCUGUUUAACUGACACCCGAAGGAUACGAGGAGGAGCUGGUGCACAAGAGCAACUCAAUAUGCAAAUAUGGACACAUUGACUGUUUUUCUACACAGGCCUGUUCAUGUUAUGGACCAAAUUCACCAAGGAACUCAAGGAAAAUGUGUACCUGCCGUAUUUAUGCUUUCAUAUUAAAGGGUUGGGGGGAGGGCUAUCUUUUUACUUUGGGUGAAAUUUUUUUUCAAAGUCCUUUUUCCACUGUUUCUGUCUGGUUUUAGAAACAAGCUACAGUUUUGUAUGGAUUUUUUUUAACGAACAUUUUGAAACAAAUGAUCAAAUAUUUUCUGAAAUACCUGAAUAAAGGGCAUAGAACUAUUGGUCGUAAUGGUCUCUGAUAGA